AAACCACUUGGCCGACGUCAAUUACCCACUUCUUGUUCGGCCUCGUCGCUCGAUUACCGCUUUUCUCUCUCUCUCUCUCCCCCCUCUCUCUCUCUCUCUCUCUCUGUCUCUUCCGCUCCCCAAUUCUCUCCUUCGCGGUCGAUCCUCCGGCUUGGCCCGGAUCUUACCCCGCCGCUGCCGCGACCACCCACUCAUGACUAUGAUGACGCCGCCCCCUCUCGACCAGCAAGAGGACGAGGAGAUGCUGGUUCCGCAUCAGGAGUUUACGGAAGGACCUCAGCCGAUGGAAGUUAUAUCAGCUGAACCGGCAACUGCACCAGAAAAUCAACAGGUGGAGGAUCCUCCUACAUUUAAAUAUAGGUGGACAAUCGAGAAUUUCUCCAGGAUGAACACCAAGAAACUCUACUCGGACAUGUUCUUUGUCGGAGGAUAUAAGUGGCGAGUGCUUAUUUUCCCCAAGGGAAAUAAUGUAGACCACUUGUCACUAUACCUUGAUGUUGCUGAUUCAACUACUUUACCAUAUGGCUGGAGUAGAUAUGCACAGUUCUCUCUUGCAGUUGUCAAUCAAAUUCAUGGGAAGUACACAAUAAGAAAAGAUACACAACAUCAAUUUAAUGGACGAGAAAGUGAUUGGGGCUUUACUUCAUUUAUGUCUUUAAGUGAACUCUAUGAUCCGAGUCGAGGAUAUCUUGUUAAUGAUACAUGUGUAAUUGAGGCUGAAGUUGGUGUCCGUAAGGUUGUAGAUUACUGGAGUUAUGACUCAAAAAAAGAAACUGGUUAUGUUGGCCUUAAGAAUCAAGGAGCGACUUGUUACAUGAACUCUCUUCUACAGACUCUGUAUCAUAUUCCAUACUUCAGAAAGGCUGUCUAUCAUAUGCCAACAACAGAGAAUGAUAUGCCAUCUGGAAGCAUUCCCUUGGCUCUUCAAAGUCUUUUCUAUAAACUUCAAUAUAGUGACAACAGUGUUGCAACAAAGGAAUUGACAAAAUCUUUUGGCUGGGACACAUAUGAUUCUUUUAUGCAACAUGAUGUUCAAGAACUCAACAGGGUUCUAUGUGAAAAACUGGAAGAUAAGAUGAAGGGAACUGUGGUCGAGGGCACAAUCCAGCAUUUGUUUGAAGGACACCACAUGAACUAUAUUGAAUGCAUUAAUGUGGACUACAAAUCCACUAGAAAAGAAUCAUUCUAUGAUCUACAGCUAGAUGUAAAGGGUUGUCGGGAUGUUUAUGCCUCAUUUGAUAAGUAUGUUGAGGUAGAGCGACUGGAGGGCGAUAAUAAAUAUCAAGCAGAAAACCAUGGGUUACAGGACGCUAAGAAAGGUGUUCUGUUCAUUGAUUUCCCACCAGUUUUGCAACUCCAACUUAAGCGUUUUGAAUACGAUUUCAUGCGAGAUACAAUGGUGAAGAUAAAUGAUCGGUAUGAAUUUCCACUUCAGUUAGAUCUUGAUAGAGAUAAUGGUAGAUAUCUUUCUCCUGAUGCAGACAGGAGGGUUCGUAACCUGUAUACUCUUCACAGUGUUCUUGUUCACAGUGGCGGGGUGCAUGGUGGACAUUAUUAUGCUUUCAUAAGACCAACUCUAUCAGAUCAGUGGUUUAAAUUUGAUGAUGAGAGGGUAACAAAGGAAGAUGCAAAAAGGGCGCUAGAAGAGCAGUAUGGUGGUGAGGAAGAGUUACCCCAGACAAACCCUGGCUUCAACAAUACUCCAUUUAAAUUUACUAAAUAUUCAAAUGCAUAUAUGCUUGUCUACAUUCGUGAAAGUGACAAGGAGAAAAUUAUGUGUAAUGUGGAUGAGAAAGACAUUGCUGAGCACCUGCGAGUUAGACUUAAGAAAGAACAAGAAGAGAAGGAGCACAAGAAGAAAGAAAAAGCUGAGGCCCACCUUUAUACUAUCAUAAAGGUAGCUCGUAAUGAGGAUUUGGCAGAACAAAUUGGAAGAGAAAUAUUUUUUGAUCUUGUAGACCACGACAAAGUUCGGAGCUUUCGCAUCCAAAAACAACUGCCAUUCAAUCAUUUUAAGGAGGAGGUGGCUAAAGAAUUAGGAAUUCCAGUGCAGUUUCAGCGGUUUUGGCUGUGGGCCAAGCGGCAAAACCACACAUAUCGACCCAAUCGUCCUUUAUUGCCUCAGGAAGAAGCACAGUCUGUUGGUCAGCUAAGGGAGGUUUCAAACAAAGCGCAUAAUGCUGAGCUGAAGCUUUUCUUAGAAGUAGAACUUGGACCGGAUCUUAGCCCUCUCUCUCCACCAUUAAAAACUAAGGAAGAUAUACUACUUUUCUUCAAGCUCUAUGACCCUGAAAAAGAAGCUCUGAGAUUUGCAGGAAGGCUAUUUGUGAAGGCUUUGGGGAAACCAACCGAAAUUCUCCCAAAAUUGAUUGAAAUGGCUGAAUUUCCUGCGAAUGAAGAAAUUGAACUUUAUGAGGAAAUAAAGUUUGAACCAAAUGUUAUGUGCGAACACAUUGAUAAGAGGAUUUCCUUCAAAUCAAGCCAGCUUGAAGAUGGAGAUAUCAUUUGCUAUCAAAAAACUUUGACAUCUGCAAAUAGAGAUCAGUUUCGGUAUCCUGAUGUUCCCUCAUUCUUGGAAUAUGUUCGAAACCGCCAGGUUGUUCAUUUUCGAUCCUUGGAGAAGCCAAAGGAGGAUGAUUUUUCAUUGGAACUAUCCAAGCUCUUUACCUAUGAUGAUGUUGUUGAAAGAGUUGCAUGCCACCUUGGUCUAGAUGAUCCCACAAAAAUUCGUCUCACCUCUCAUAACUGCUAUUCUCAGCAGCCUAAACCACAACCAAUCAAGUACCGUGGUGUGGAUCACCUUUCUGAUAUGCUAGCUCAUUACAACCAGUUGCCACAGACAUCUGAUAUACUAUAUUAUGAGAUAUUGGAUAUUCCUCUGCCUGAAUUACAAGGUUUAAAAACGCUAAAAGUAGCAUUCCACCAUGCUACAAAGGAGGAGGUGGCAAUUCACAGCAUCCGACUUCCAAAGAAUAGUACUGUGGCUGAUGUAAUUAAUGACCUAAAGAAUAAGGUUGAGCUCUCUCGUCCUGAUGCUGAACUCAGGUUGCUUGAGGUUUUCUAUCACAAAAUCUAUAAGAUCUUUCCACUUGGUGAGAAGAUUGAGAACAUCAAUGAUCAGUACUGGACUUUACGUGCCGAGGAGAUUCCAGAAGAAGAGAAAAACCUUGGUCCUCAUGAUCGCUUGAUUCAUGUCUACCAUUUUACUAGAGAUCCAAAUCAGAACCAAAUGCAAGUUCAGAAUUUUGGAGAACCUUUCUUCUUAGUUAUUAAGGAAGGUGAGGCUUUAGCCGAUGUCAAGUUACGCAUUCAGAAGAAACUGCAAGUUCCAGAUGAAGAAUUUGCAAAGUGGAAAAUUGCUUUUAUAUCACUUGGUCGCCCCGAAUACCUCCAAGAUUCAGAUGUAGUGUCGAAUAGGUUUCAGAGGAGAGAUAUUUAUGGAGCCUGGGAGCAGUAUCUUGGUUUAGAGCAUUCAGACACUGCUCCAAAAAGAGCUUAUACAACUAAUCAGAACCGUCACACAUUUGAGAAGCCAGUGAAAAUUUAUAAUUGAAAGUCGUCUGGAUUUCCUCCGAUGGCAACACAUGCUUGUCCACUUCACCAACUCGUGAGUAGGGAGAAUGAACUGUAUAUUCUUAAAAUAAAAGAAGCAAGGUGAAGUAGAAUGAAGUGGAUUUCGCACCAAAAUAUGUUUGGUGUCUCGAGUGCCACUGCCAUCUCGGAGGUAAAAUUUGGGAGACUAGUCGCUUGAUCUCGAGUUCUUGUAAUGCCUCGCUCUCAUUUUUAUUUUGGCUUGGUGGGUUUUGUUCCAUCAAACCUUGGUAGAUUUUGUUCAUCUUUGGUUCAGUGUAACUUAGUACAUAAGAUUUUGGAUUAGGAGGGGCAAAUUCAAGGGUAUAGUUGCCAGUUGGUUGUCUCUUUUCAGGUUUUGCCUUUUCUGUUUAUUCCCCUCCCACAUUUGCUAUACGUUUCAAAUAUUUGUCAUUUUGGGCUGUAAAAUGGGGUAGUUUCAGUGGAACUGGUUGUCUUAGUUUUUGAAGACCAUGUAAAAGACAUGCUGAAAACUUCGCUUCCCUGUAUGAUUACACUCGUAUAUAUAUAUAUAUAUAGUUUUUGUGAUGAAAA